GGUUGUGGAGGCCCGGCGGGUGUGAUGGCGUCCGCCCGGCGUGGCCGCCGUUGCGCUUUGUGCCUUUCCGGCCUGGUCGUGUUGUGUGUGGGCGUUAAAGGCGCCCGAAGCGAUUUGGCAGUGAGUGUCGAUGUGCUGUUCUGCUGGGGAAACCGACUCCAGAAAUGCCAUCUGAGGGAACAGACAUCCUGGCAGAUAGAACAAACCAGGUGUGAGCACUGUCUUUCCAAAGUUACACUGAAGCCGUUGGAGGACAGGUCGGACCUCAGGCCUUCCCGCGGCACCAACUACUGACGGCGGAUUUGCUCACAGAUCCUUCACAGCUGUUUCAAAGAACCAUUCUGUGAUUCCUAUGAUCUUCCAGGACCGUUCCAAGCCACACCAUCCUGUGGUUCUAUCAUCUUCCAGGACUCUUGCAACACAAACCAUUCUAUGGUUCUGUGAUCACUAAGGAACCUCCCAAGCCACGCCGUCCUGCAGUUCUAUGAUCUUCCAGGACCCUUCCAACACGGACCAUCCUAUGGUUCUAUGAUCUUCCAGGACCCUCCUGUGCGGGUGAUAUCACCAUGACGUGAUGACCUCACAGAUGCCCUGGGGUGGGGCAGGGGCAGUGGGUCAGCGCGGAACCUGCUGGCCCCAUUCUGCGGGUGGUGCUGGUCCAGCGAGGAGCUGUGCGAGUGGUGCAGUAAUGCGGGCCCAGUGUGUCAGCAGAAGAUUAAGGGCGGUGUGGCGUGCGAAGCUGGUGGAGGAGGAGCUGCUGGCUCAUGCGGCCGUGGAGAAGUGCAAGGCCGUGGCCAGGGAAUCCUUGAUGAAGGAUGCCCAGAAAUUACGGGCAGAAAGAACAGCUGCCAGGAAAGAGAAGCUGAAGCAGGAGAAGCAGCUCGUUGCCCAGCUGGAAGAGCAGCUGCAGGCUGAGACAGAGGAGAUGGAGGUGCUGCGCCAGGAAAAACAGCACCUGCAAGAGGAGCGGGAGGAGCUGGAGCUGGAGGGUGCCUGGCAGCAGCAUCAGCUGGAGCUGGAGGCAGCCCACGUGCCUGGGGCUGUGCUGCCGAAGCUGGUGGAGGCAGAGCUGGAGAAGAAGGAGCAGGCGAGGAGACGAGGGCUCGCCUUCUGGAUGAAGACAAUCUGCCUCAUCUUCGUCAGCCUCCUGCUGCUGCUCGUUGCUGUGCUGGGCUCUGCAGUGCUGUACGCCCAGCACUAUGACCAGGAGCUGUUGUAUCGGCUCCUGCUGCGAGUGCUGCCCCAGGCAAUGUACGCUUCCCCGGCGUACUUUGCGAGCAGGAGCCUGCGUGUCGUCUGUGAUGGGCUGCUGCCCAUCUGACCGCCCCUCUCAGUCCCCCCUCCCAGCUCGGGGCUGCGCGGUGGGGCGCGGGGAGAGAGCUCUGUCCCCACGGAAGGGGCCUCUCCUGUGCUCCUGCCCCCAGGGGCGCACAGGCACAGCUGUGGGGCAGUGCCGGCAGGCGGCUGAGUGCUGGGACUUUGGACUUACAAAUAAGUUGGUACUGUCGUCGUCAACUGAACACCACCACCUCCGACGACCCAUCAGACUGAAGAUGUGCACCUGACGCCAGGACGUGGCUUCUUGGAUUCUUUGAGUCUUCGUAGCAGCCAUUUCCUUCAGCUGGUUACCUGUAAGGCUUAUGAAUUGUAAUUAGCCCAUUAGGCAAUGUUACCUCCAGUGGGCUGUUGUCAGUUGUUAAGAAUGCUGUCAAUAAAUGGAUGUGUAUUAA